UCUAGUGAGCUUAGCAUUGACCUUCAAUAUCAGUAAACUAAGGUUAAGUAAACAAUUGCAAAUUUAUUUUUUGUUUUCCUCUUUCUUCCGAAAAACGGAGAAACAAUCGGAAGACUGCUUGGAAAUAGAAAAAGUUUAUAAUGAAACAAUUAAAAAUUGCACCGGGGGAUACCAUGUAAAUGAAGCUAAAGUCCAGGAACGUGUGCUUAGAAAAAGUCUUUUAAGCAAUUUCUCCUGCACAACUAAUAGGAUUUUAUAAAUAUGUUGCAUGCUUUAAGCGCGCUUAUAAAAACUAAAAUAUGUCAGGGUUUGUGCACACGCUACACAUAUUGUAAAAAAUAGUUAUAGCAGAGGUUGCGGCGUGGGUCUUAUUUAUUAAAGCAAAGUCGCCUCUUUUAUGAAUUGAUGUUUUGGUUUUUUGAUUAAGCAAUGAAAAUGCUUUCAUUUACUACACCUGAACGUCAUGGUUACAGUAUUAAAUUUUCAGCACUUGAAACCGAUCUUUUACUGCUAGCUACUAGCCAGCUUUACGGUCUGGCUGGUGGUGGAACACUAUUUCUUUUGCAGCAUGCGGUCGAAGAAGGGAGACUCAAAGAAAUAUGUCGUUUCGAAUGGAGUGAUGGCUUAUUUGACGUUGCUUGGUGUCCAUACGCCAACAAUAUAGCCGCCACUGCCUCCGGUGAUGGUUCCCUACAAAUUUGGAAUAGUCUCGAUAACGGUUCGGAUGGAUCGUUAAAAGACGUUCCCAAAAAACCGGUAAUGUGUCUAAAAGAACACAAGAAUGAAGUGUACUCGAUAGACUGGAGUGAAAAGUGGAAUUACCAUCAAAUAUUAUCGAGCAGUUGGGACGGAUCAAUUAAACUGUGGGACUGUAAUCGUCAAAAAUCUGUGGCCACUUACCAUGGUCAUACAGAUUUAAUAUAUAGUGCAAAAUUUUCACCAUUAGUGGCGAAUAUUUUCGCCAGUGUAGAUACCGAUGGUUUAUUAAAUUUAUGGAAUUCUUUUGAUUUUUCAGGUAAGCCAUUAAUGGCCAUAACAUCAGCUCACAACACUGAAAUCUUAUCAAUGGAUUGGAGUCAAUUCGAUCGCAACGUUUUAGUAACCGGCGGAGCGGACGGCUUAAUAAGGACUUGGGAUUUAAGGAAUAUGCGCCAUCAUAUUGCUGAAUUAUUUUCCGGAGAAUAUGCGGUAAGGAAAUUAGCUUUUUCAUCACACAAAGCUUCAGUAUUGGCAGCAGCCAACUAUGAUUUUACAACGAGAAUUUGGGAUUUUGGAGUUUCCUUGGACGCUAUAGAAAUCCAUGAACAUCAUACGGAAUUUGUAUGCGGUCUAGACUGGAGUGUUCAUCACCACCAUUUGUUAGCCGAUUGUGGUUGGGAUAGUGUUGGGAACAUUUUCAGGGCAACAUCUUUAAAAGACUGAAACCGUCAUCCUUUUCAUGUACAUAUAAUUAGCAGUUUAGAUCUAGGGUAGCAAAUCCCAAAAAAAAAAUAUCUUAAUUAUAGGUUAACGGCUUAGCAAAGCUAAGCCAAUUUGCUCGUAAAGCGCAAUAUAUGUGAUAAUAAACGUAAAAAGAAACUGGGAAAAGGAAUACGAA